AUGCAACUGAGGUCUCUCGCCACCCUGCAGCAUGGCCGUGUCGCCACUUCAACAACGUCGUCAAUUGACCUCGAUUCUUCAUCAUCAGGAGCAUCACUGGAGUACACAAGACCGUUCACCGACCUCAAAAACCUGCAACCAUCAACACUUUCAACAAUCCAAUCGACAUUCGGGCACGAAUACAUGUCCAAGGUCCAAUCGAGCGUCCUCUCAACCCUGCCGACCUCUCGCGACCUUCUUGUCAAGGCCAAAACAGGAACAGGAAAGACACUGGCGUUCUUGGUAGCGGCGCUAGAGUCUCUGAUGUCAUUGCCGGAUGCAGAGAGUAUCAAAAUGAAGGGUAAGAUUGGCUGUGUCAUCAUUGCACCGACACGCGAGUUGGCCCUGCAGAUCUCGGAGGAGGCACAAAAGUUGCUGGGUCCGCUUGGAUGGGGUGUGCAGCACUUGGUUGGUGGAUAUGGCAAGGGGUCACAGUUGGAUCGGAUCUCGAAGGAGCCUUCAGAGUUUAUUGUCGCCACUCCCGGACGUAUGAAAGAUUUGCUUGGGAACAAUGAGUUUGCGGCCAAGAUCAAAGAGUCCAAAAUCCUCGUGCUGGAUGAAGCAGACACGAUUCUUCAGUUGGGAUUCAGGAAGGAAUUGGACACCAUUCUGGAAACUAUGCCCAAGGAUCGCCAGACGUUCCUGUUCUCUGCGACAGUCGAUUCCAAGAUGGACUCGCUUCUGGAAGUUGCCCUCCACAAGAAGAGCAAGGAACGACAGGGACCCAUCAUCAUCGACACCGUCGGAUCCAAGGACAUCAACUUGAACCUUGCGACACGUCAGGGGUACUGCUUUGCGCCCUAUCAGGCUCAUGUCGCCCUUGUUCGUCGUAUCAUCAAUGACCACCUCUUGAGCGACAUGGACUUUGUCCAUGAGCAGAGUUUGUUGAUGAAACCCAAAUCGUCAACAACAACAGGAGGAGCGCCUGUUCAACCCAAGGUGGCACCAGUUAACACACACAAGAACAAGAUCAUGGUCUUCUUGCCAACAACACGAGGAACUCAGUUGUACGCCAAGGUGUUUGCCAAGUUGUCGAUGGGCAAGGAGCUAUCAGUGUUUGAUAUCCAUUCGGCCAAGAGUCAGCGUGAGCGGACAUUAACGAGUCGCAACUUCAAGAACAUUAAGACACCUGCUGUUCUGUUUACCUCUGAUAUCUCGGCAAGAGGCGUCGAUUAUCCUGGAGUUGGUCUGGUUAUCCAAGUCGGAGCUCCUCUGUCGCUGGAUCACUACAUUCAUCGCAUUGGACGGACAGGACGCGGAGACCGGAAGGCGAAGAGCAAGAGGGGGGGUGCUAGCGACAAUGAGCAGGGUAAGGGAGUUUUGAUUCUGGGCGAUCUGGAUGAAGGGUUCAUUGAGCACCAACUUAAGCCAUCUCCACUGUUCAGUGUUGUGAAACGUGAGGAGCAGUACAGUGACUGGGAGAGUGUUGUCCUAGGAGAGAGUCUGGACCGUGGAUUCAAGAAGACUCUUUCCAAGGUCGAUGAGAAGUUGGCCAAGAGCGCCUACACCGCCUUCUUAGGUUACAAUUUGACGGUUGGACCAAAGAUUGGGAGUACAGACAGGAAACAAAUCCUUGAAUCGGCGGACGAGUACAUUUCGGCGUUUGGGGUCCAGGAAAGGCCGGCGGUAUCGACCAGCUUCUUGGAAAGGAUGGGAUUCAUGAAGCACCGUCUGCCAGCCCUCGAGAAUGGGGAAGAACCGAUUCGCCAGAAGCACGAAUAUGAGUUGGUGGACGGCACUUUCCCGACUGUCAACACUCGCAUCACAAGGAGCCAUAUCAACACUGCCGCCGCCGAUUCUUCGGACGAACUGGAACAUGAUGAGUUUGGUGAUGAAAUCGAACAAGGAUUGGAUCAGAAAGAAUCUGGACAGAGCUGGUUGUCGAGGAAGAAGCGACAAGAGGCGUUUGAGGAGAAGAUUGGACUCUCCGAGACAGAGUACAUCAAGAUCAAUGAGGCCGAGUGGGAGGACUUUAUCGAGUUCAAGCCGGGGAUGCCCAAGCUGAUCGAGAAGCUCCACAGCCCCAAGCGGAUGGGCCACUUUGGCAACCGGCCGAGUAAGAAGACGUCCAAGAUCUUUAGCAACAACGACGGCUGGUGA